AUGUCCUGUUAUAUUUUAGUUGAGACUUUGGCCACUCUUGUAUCAGGAGGAGGAGGAGGUGAGUUGCCUGGCUUUUGCUGUGCACCCUCUGGUAAUAAAGACUUUGACCACCUCUCUUGUGUCAGGAGGAGGAGGAGCAGGUGGGUUGACCUCAUUUUGGAUGUGCACUCUUCUGUUGAUACAGACUGUGGCCUGUCUUGUUUUAGGAUAUUGAAGAGGUGGGUUGGCCUAGUUUUUCAUGUGCACUCUUCUAGUGACACAGACUAUGCCCUGUCUGGUUUCAGGAGACCAUGGCUUGUGCUGUUUCAGUUGAAGGAGAGGGUGAGCCACUCCACUUUUACUUUGCACUUCAUUGGUGAUACAGUCUGUGGCCUGUGUUGUUUCAGGAUUUUCUGGUGA